AUGCUGGACCGCAUCGGCGACCCCCCGGAGCGACAGAAGGAGUACGUCGACGAGGCGGAGCUGGAAGACUUCGCGGAGAGCGCCGGAGAGCGCGCGCGGAUCGGGAUCGGCUCGGGCGCGUAUAACUGGACGACGCUGGACGCGACCAACGAGUACGACGAGCGCGCGGCGAACAGGGGGCUCGCGAGCGAGGGCGUCGCGAAGACGAACGCCGCGCACGAUGGCGCCGUGCGCGCGCGCGUGGACCAGCUGUGGAAGCUGUCGAGUUCGUAUUUACCGUCGGACGUGCCGUCGAUUCAGCGGAGCCUCGUGAAACACGUGGAGUACACGCUCGCGCGGCGGCGGUACAAGUUCGACCGGAACUCGUUCUACCAGGCCACCGCGCACUCGAUCCGCGACCGGCUCAUCGAGCGGUGGACGGACACGCAGCAGUUCUACGCGUCGAGGGACGGGAAGCGGAUGUAUUACCUAUCUCUCGAGUUCCUCGUCGGCCGGUCGUUGGGAAACGCGGUGAGCAACCUGGGCCUGCGCGGCGCGUACGCGGACGCGCUGCAGCAGCUCGGGUACGAUCUCGAGAGCAUCGUCGCGCAGGAGCGCGAGCCCGCGCUCGGGAACGGCGGGCUGGGCAGGCUCGCGUCGUGCUUCAUGGACACGCUCGCGACGUUGAACUACCCCGCGUGGGGAUACGGGUUGCGGUAUAAAUACGGGAUGUUCGAGCAGAGAAUCGUGGACGGGAAACAGGUGGAAUUUCCGGAUUACUGGCUCACGCACGGCAACCCGUGGGAGGUGGAGCGGCUGGACGUGAAGUACCUCGUGCGCCUGUACGGCCAGGUGAACAACUACGUGGACGAGCGAAGUGGGGAGACGAGGUAUCGGUGGGAGGGCGGCGAGGUGGUCGUCGCCGUCGCGUACGACACGCCCAUCCCGGGCUACGGCACGUACAACACCAAUAACAUGCGUCUGUGGUCGAGCAAACCGAGCCACGAGUUCGAUCUCGCGUGCUUCAACGCGGGGAAUUACUACGGCGCCGUGGAGGCGAAGGAGCGGUGCGAGAGCAUCACAAGCGUGCUGUACCCGUCGGACGACAACGACGCCGGGAAGGCGUUGCGGCUGAAGCAGCAGUUCUUCUUCGUCAGCGCCACGCUGCAGGACGUCUUGCGUCGGUACAAGAAACGCGUCGCGCCCGGGCGGACGCUGAAACACCUGCCGGAAAAAGUCGCGAUCCAGCUCAACGACACGCACCCGUCCAUCUCCAUCCCGGAGCUCAUGCGGUUGCUCCUGGACGACGAGCUGCUCCCGUGGGACGACGCGUGGGACAUCGCGAGGAUGACGUUCGGGUACACCAAUCACACGAUUCUCCCGGAGGCGCUGGAGAAGUGGCCGGUGCCGAUGCUCACGGAGCUCCUCCCGCGGCACAUGCAGAUCAUCUACGAGAUCAACCACCGAUUCUUGCAAGAGGUUGACGCGAUGUGGCCCGGGGACACGCAGAAGCUCGCGGCGAUGAGCAUCAUCGAGGAGAGCACGCCGAAGAUGGUGCGGAUGGCGCACUUGGCCGUCGUCGGCUCGCACGUCGUCAACGGCGUCGCGGAGAUUCACACCGCGCUCGUCAAGACGCGGCUCUUUCCCGAGUUUAACGAGAUGUAUCCGGGGAGGAUAAAAAACGUCACCAACGGCGUGACGCCGCGGCGGUGGAUCUUGCAGGCGAACCCGGCGAUGAGCAGCAUCUUCACGUCCAUCUUGGGGCCCGGGUGGGUGAACGAUCUGCGACGGUUGGAGACGCUCAAGCCGCUGGCGCGAGAGCCGAGCCUGCAGCGGCAGUGGACGCACGCGAAGCGGUUCAACAAGGAGCGGCUCGCGGCGUGGAUCAAGGCGAACAUGAACGUCGACCUGAUGCCGAACGCGGUGUACGACAUGCAGGUGAAGCGGAUACACGAGUACAAGAGGCAGAUGCUGAACAUCUUGGGCAUCAUUCAUCGAUACGCGACCAUCGCGAGCGCGAGCGCGGAGCAGCGAAAGUCGAUCCAGCCGCGCGUGUGCAUCCUCGCCGGGAAAGCCGCGCCCGGGUACGAGAUCGCGAAGAAGAUCAUCCAGCUCGCGUGCGGCGUCGCCAAGGUGAUCAACAACGACGUGCGAUGCGCGGGGCGUCUGCAGGUGGUCUUCAUCCCAAACUUCAACGUCUCUCUCGCGGAGCUCAUCAUCCCCGCGUCGGACGUCUCUCAGCACAUCUCCACCGCCGGCAUGGAGGCGAGCGGCACGGGGAACAUGAAGUUCGUCAUGAACGGCGGGCUGAUCAUCGGGACGUUGGACGGCGCCAACGUGGAGAUCGCGCGCGCGGUGGGGGAGGACGACGUGUUCGUGUUCGGCGCCACCGCGGACGAGGUGGCGGCGUUGAGGAGCUCGAUGCACAAGCGAGAGCCGCGGAUCGACGAGAGGCUGGCGCGCGUGUUCCGCAUGAUUCGCUCCGGGGUGUUCGGGUCGGCGGAUAACUACGAGAGGCUCUUGGACGGACUGACGCCGUCGAAGGAUUUCUAUCUCUUGUGCCACGACUUCCCGUCGUACUUGGACGCGAUGGACGCGGCGGACGCGGCGUAUCGCGACAAGGACGAGUGGACGGCGAAGUGCAUCAAAGCCGCGUGCUCGAUGUGGGCCUUCUCGAGCGAUCGCACGAUACGCGAGUACGCCAGGGACGUGUGGGGGAUGGAGCCGCAGCCGUUUAACCCGCCGCACCACGCGCGCACGCGCGCGAGCGUCGACGGCGGGAGUCGACGGCUGAGCUUCGACAAGCAGAUGCACACGACCAUCGGCGCGUGAGAAGGUUACAGGUAUUUGUAUCCGUGUUGUUUUCGAUUCGAAA